ACGGUAUAAUUUAACAGACAUGCAACGGUCACACUGUUUGUGGCCUCUGCCAAAUUUUUAAUAAAAUUUAUUAACUAAAAAAUUCAGCCGAACCGAGCUAUUAAAAUCAAAAAGGUAAAGGACCAGGACAAAGCGACCAUGCGAAUCGCUCUGGGAAUUGCGACCAUCAUCUGGGCACUUUUCGUCCUGGCCGAUGGAGUUGAUCCUGGGAACUUCAAGACUUGCGAGCAGAGCAGUUUCUGCCGACGUUCCCGAAAGGUCCAGAGCGCGGGCAGCAAGUAUGCCCUGAUUCCGGGCACCCUGAACACAUAUGCGGAUUCGCUGACUGCCGAUCUAGUGAACAAGGAGAACCACCACCAGUUUGCCUUUAAGUUGGAGGCACUGGAAGGCAGCACUUUCCGUCUCCAGAUUGAUGAGAAACAGCCACUCCGGCCUCGUUAUCGCGUUGAACACGCGCUCAAGGGUCAACCCCAGGCAGGACGCAUUCGUGUCCAGAGGGAAACCGACGGAGAGAUCGUUAUCACAUCAGAUAAAAAUAAAGCCGUAAUCCAUGGCGAUCCUUUCCGCAUCGAUUUCUACGAAAACGACGUUCUGGUGGUCUCAGUAAAUGCCAAGAACUGGCUUUAUUUCGAGCAUCUGCGUCAGAAAGCCCAAGAGCAGACUCCCGAGCCCGCAGGGAACGAGAACCAGCAGGAACAGGAUGCCGCUGUAGAAACGCCCAAGGCUGCUAUCGAUGAUCCCGGUGCCUGGGAGGAGAACUUCAAGUCUCACCAUGACUCCAAGCCCUACGGCCCGGAAGCAGUAGCUUUGGACUUUUCGUUCCCUGCCGCCGAAGUUUUGUUCGGCAUUCCUGAACACGCCGAUAGCUUCGUACUAAAAUCCACCUCGGGUACGGAUCCUUAUCGUCUGUACAACCUAGAUGUGUUCGAGUACAUUGUGGAUAGCAAGAUGGCCCUGUAUGGCACAGUGCCGGUGAUCUACGGUCAUGGGACACAUCGCACUGCGGGCGUUUACUGGCAAAAUGCCGCAGAAACCUGGGUAGACAUCCAAACCUCGGAAACCAAUGUCGUCUCUUCAUUGGUUAACUUUGUUUCUGGCUCUCGAAAGACUCCUCCGCCGGCUGCCCAUUUUAUGUCCGAGUCGGGUAUCGUGGACGCCUUUAUCCUGCUGGGUCCCAAGCCGAUGGACACCUUUAAGCAGUACGCUGCUCUGACGGGUACCCACGAACUUCCUCAAAUAUUUGCUUUGGCCUACCAUCAAAGCCGUUGGAACUACAACGAUGAGAGGGAUGUGACCUCCGUAUCAGCAAAAUUCGAUGAGUUCAACAUACCAAUGGACACCAUGUGGCUAGAUAUUGAGUACACCGAUGGCAAACGUUACUUUACCUGGGACAAGUUUAAGUUCCCCCAACCGCUGACAAUGAUCAAGAACCUCACAGAGCUUGGUCGCCAUUUAGUCGUGAUCAUCGACCCGCAUAUUAAAAGGGAUAAUGGAUACUUCUUCCACCAGGAGUGCACGGAUCGUGGUUACUAUGUGAAGACGCGUGACGGCAAUGACUACGAAGGUUGGUGCUGGCCGGGAGCAGCAAGCUAUCCAGACUUCUUCAAUCCCGUGGUCAGAGAGUACUACGCCAGUCAGUACGCACUGGAUAAGUUCCUAACAGUCACCGCAGACGUUAUGCUGUGGAAUGACAUGAACGAACCGUCAGUGUUCAACGGCCCAGAGAUUACGGCCCCUAAAGAUCUGGUGCACUUUGGCAAUUGGGAGCACCGCGAUGUGCACAAUUUAUACGGUCACAUGCAUCUUAUGGGCUCAUUUGCAGGCCUGCAGCAACGUGAUCCUAAUCAGCGACCGUUCAUCCUUACACGUGCCCACUUUGCUGGAUCCCAACGGUUUGCUGCUAUUUGGACUGGUGACAACUUUGCGGACUGGACGCACCUACAGCACUCAAUCAAGAUGUGUCUCACGGAGGCGGUGGCUGGAUUCUCCUUCUGCGGCGCCGAUGUCGGUGGUUUCUUUGGAAAUCCUGAUGCUGAGCUGCUGGAGCGCUGGUAUCAAACAGGUGCCUUUCUACCAUUCUUCCGGGCUCAUGCUCACAUCGAUACCAAGCGUCGGGAGCCGUGGCUUUUCCCGGAACGUACUCGCCAGGUGAUCCAGAACGCAGUGCUAAAACGCUACUCCUACCUGCCCUUGUGGUAUACCGCAUUUUACGAGCUGGAGCUGACGGGUGCGCCAGUUAUCCGGCCAUUGUUGGCACACUAUCCGCUAGAUAAGAAUGCUUUCGGCGUAGACAGUCAGCUACUGGUUCAGGAUCGCUUGCUUGUGAGUCCCGUCAUGCAGCAGGGCGUCAGCAAAGUGAAUGUCUACUUCCCGGUGAUUGAUGAGAAGAGUAAUGGUGACUGGUGGUACGAUAUAGAUACUUAUCAGCGCCAGGAACAAUCCGGCUAUGUUUCUAUCCCUGUGGAUGAAAACAAGAUCCCCGUGUGGCAGCGAGGAGGCAGUAUUGUUCCAAAGAAGGAGCGACAACGUCGCGCCUCCACCUUGAUGUUGCACGAUCCGUACACACUGAUCGUCUGUCUGGACAAGCAAGGCAAGGCAGCAGGUUCCCUAUAUCUGGACGAUGAGAAAUCCUAUGCCUACCGUCAGGGCCAACGCAUCCACGUGAACUACGAGUUCGCCAAUAGUCAACUGGUCAAUCACUUCGUGGGCAAGCCCAAGUACAAGACCGAUGCCUGGAUCGAAAGGAUCGUGAUCGCUGGACUGGAUAAAAUGCCAAGCAGUGCCAGCAUCACGGUGAAUGGCGUUAACCAGCAGCUGGAGGUGCUCCCACAUGGUCAAUACAUCGUCGUGCGCAAACCGGGCGUUAAGAUGGACGUCGACUUCGCUAUUAAACUCAACUAUGUGUAGUCUGUAGUCACCGUUGCCACGUAUUAAUGUUCUGUAUCUACAUGAUUAUGCACUCCUUAAAAAUUGCUAAUAAGAUGCUUCAAGGAAUCAGUUAAUGAUCUUUAGUGGCCUUUGAUUAGUUUAUUUUUUCCUUUCCAUCCCCCAACUCGGACAUUUGAGAAGUGCAACUCGAGUUGAGUGUAAUUAAUAUUUAAAUAAACAUAUUUUUUUUAAUAUGAA